GGCUCCAGCCUCUCCUCCCGGGGCCUCCUCGGGCAGAGAAAUCCCAGGGGUGGCUGCAGGGAUUGACCCGGGGGGGGGGAAACCCCAAGAUUUUGGGGGUACGCUACCCUGAGAAAUUAUUCUCAUGGUGAGCCCGGCACCUCCCCGCUCUUAUUGGGUGCAUUUUGACCCCCACCCCAAAUCCAGUUUGUUUAAGCCUUUCCGUUUGACCCGAUCGAUCGGCAAAUAUCUCCCUUUUUUUUUAAUUUUUCUGUUUCGCCAUCCAGGCUUUGCAUAAUGUUGGGAGGCGCUUCCGCCCGGCUUUUGCUUUCGGAGGGAGCCCCUCUUUUUUGCGGGAGGUGGACGGACGCCCUCCCGGGCAGCGGCCGCCGGCCCCACGAGCCCUAAGCGCUGCCGUCAGCAACGCGCUGCCUGCAGAGGGAUGGUCUUAAAAUGAAAAGGUGCUGCGAGGGCGUCGGGCUGCCAUGCCUGUUUAAGGGUGUUGGGAUGGCCAGUCCCCGGCCCCCCAGGUACCUCCUCAUCUUCGAUUUCGACGAGACCAUCAUCAAUGAGAACAGCGACGACUCCAUCGUGCGGGCGGCGCCGGGGCAGGCCCUCCCCGAGCACAUCCGCCAGACCUUCCGCGAGGGCUUCUACAACGAGUACAUGCAGCGCGUCCUGGCGUACAUGGGGGACCAGGGGGUCAAGAUGGGGGACUUCAAGACCGUCUACGAGAACAUCCCCCUCUCCCCCGGCAUGCCGGAGCUCUUCCAGUUCCUCUCCAAGAACCACGAGUUCUUUGAGAUCAUCCUCAUCUCCGAUGCCAACAUGUUCGGCAUCGAGUGCAGUCUGAGGGCGGCCGGUUUCUACUCCCUCUUCCGCAAGAUCUUCAGCAACCCGUCCAGCUUUGACAAGAGGGGGUACUUCACCUUGGGGCCCUACCACAGCCACAAGUGCCUUGACUGCCCGGCCAACAUGUGCAAACGCAAAAUCCUGACGGAAUACCUGGCGGAGAGAGCCCAGGAGGAGGUGGAGUUCGAGAGGGUCUUCUACGUGGGGGAUGGUGCCAAUGACUUCUGCCCUUCCGUGACUUUGACUUCCUCUGACGUGGCUUUCCCGCGGAAGGGCUACCCCAUGCACCGCAUGGCCCAAGAGAUGGAGAAGAAGCAGCCGGGAACCUUCCAGGCUACUGUGGUCCCCUGGGAGACGGCCACAGAGAUCGCCCGCUAUCUCCAGGAGGUCCUCAAGAAGAAGUGCUGAGGAUGGCUCAGAAGAGACUUGUGCACUAGAAGCGGUUGGGAAAGGAGAAUCCUGGGGGGUGUCACCCCCCACGUCAUCGGUCCCUGCUCCUGGGUCCCUUCCCUGCCUGUCCUCACCGAGCUCCUUUCCCCCGGUGAUUAAAGCACUUUCUCUAGGUCCCCCCGUCUCCUUCCCCUGCCAUGUUGGGAUGAACCAUGAACCAUGAUGUCCUUCUCUAUGCAGCUCGGACACCUACUCCAGCGGGGAUCUUGGCCAACACUAAUGGUGAUUUUUUGUUGUUGUUGUUGGGGGAUUUGUCUUCUUUCCCUUUUGACUUCACAAGAGCAAUUCCUACAAGACCCGAAGCCGCCUCCCCUUGGGCUGGGCUUCCUGCACAUGCUUCCUCCUGCCUUCAUCCUCCUCGCCUGCCCGACCACGCCGGGAGCUGCGUGCUGUUCAACCUGAUGCUCGAGGGCUCCUUUGCCUCUUCGUGAGGCCACUGGAACUUUAAUCCAGGAAAUUCGGGGGCUCCCCAACUUGCCCUUCGCACCCCGGGCAGGGCAGCCCCUGGCUCAACUGCUGAGCCUUGUGAUGGAGUCAAUUGUCCCUUGAGACUUUAUUCUCAAAAAAAAAAAAAGCACCCCAAAACGUGACACGAGGAACAGGAAACCUUUUGGAAAGGUGGUACCUUGGAAAAAAAACCCCUCCUCUAUCCCAUCCCCACCCGCUUGCCCAGGGCAUGGGCACGUCGACCACGUCCCACUGCGGGGAGGAGGACCUGCCCCUGCCUCUUGCCUUCCACUUCCAUCCUCUGCUUCUGCUUCCAGGGCAAAAUGUCCCCAUGUCCCUUGGGCGGACAGGUUCCUUCUCACCCCAAGCCAUUCCCGGAUUGUCUCCUCCUGUUUGCUGGAUGGUUUGGGCUCCUCUUUUACCCUGGGGGGGUGUAAUUUCCCUCCCAACCUGGUUGAGAGGUGCCCAACCUCCCCCGGGAGCUGUGGUGCUGCAGCACUUCUCCUGGCAUCCAGUCCCCAGAGGCCAAACCCCCCCUCCCUGUGCCCCCUUGCCCCGCUGCAGUAUUAAUUACCCCUUCUAAUUGCACUCUGCAGGGCGGGGGGAGACCUACAGUAUUCGCUGCUCUCUGGUGUUGGCUUCUCCCGGAUCUAUCCACAGCCUUACCGGCCCCGGAGGGGGGCUCCUUAACUCCUCCAAAGCCUAGAGAAACCCCCACAGCAAACCCCAGCAGUAAGGAAAUAACCAAAGCAGCCCUGAGAUGUUCCUCCUCUAGUUCAUUUCCCUUCUCUCUCUGUUCUUCCUCCUCCGGACCCUGUUCAACUGUGUGGAACUUAAAGCCAUGGAAUUAAAGAAAAAAUAAUAAUAAUAAUAAUA